AUGGCAAAUGUGGCACUGAUCGGUUGUACGGGAAUGGUGGGUUCCCAUAUCCUCACCAGCCUGAUCACCAAUCCCUCCGUAACACGCGUGGACACCAUCUCCCGCCGAACCCCGCAAGCCGCUUCUAAUGCGCCGCAUGCCAAACUCACCACCUUCAUCUCCGGCGACACCGCAACCUGGGCUAACCAGCUCUCCACCCUCACCCCGACUCCGGAUAUCUUCAUUUCCUCUUUCGGAACCACCAAAGCAGCUGCAGGUGGAUUUGAGAACCAGUACAAGAUCGAGCAUGGUUUGAAUGUCGAACUAGCCAAGGCCGCGCGAGAGGCUGGUACCAAGGUCUACGUUUUGGUCUCAUCCAGUGGCGCCAGCAAGGACUCCAAUAUCGCCUACUCCCGUAUGAAGGGUGAGAUUGAGGAGGAUGUUAAGGCGCUUGGCUUUGAGCGUACGGUAAUCCUGCGCCCUGGUCUGAUUGCUGGUACCCGCGAAGAAAGUCGUCCUCUCGAGGCUGGCAUUCGGUUUGUUGCUAGCUGGGCUGGUAAGCUGCAUUCUGGAUUGAAGGAUGGCUGGGCCCAGGAGUCCGAUGUUAUUGGUAAGGCUGCUGUUAAUGCUGGCCUUAAGGCACUCGAGGGUGAUGUUCCUGCUGGCAGCGAGAAGGUCUGGAUCUUGGCUGGCAGUGAUAUUAUCAAGUACGGCAAGGAUGUCUAG